AUGAUUCCUCCUACUUGGAAUGAAUUUCUGAAAUUUAUUAGUGAUAUUUAAGAUAAUGAACUUGAUAAACCUCUACUUAGUCAAUAUAUAAGGAUACCUAAUAAAUGCAUGACGUCGUUUUAAAUAAUAUAAUAUUUCAGCUCAGAUUUUCAAAAGUAUAAAAACUAUUAUAGCAGUUUAGAUCAAAGAUUAAAAGAAGAUGCAAAUGGGGAGACACAGAAAAAUAUUUCUUGGUAUGGUGCGUCUCAAAAUUGAUAGCUAAGCUUUAGAUAAAAUUUCAUGAAGUUGUAAUACUUAAUCUUUAAAUAUGGUGUAGUGCUAGUUUAAAGUUUUUGAGAAGCUCUCAAUUAUCUUGGGUAUCCCGGAAGAAUUUUUGUUGAAAAAAUGGUUGGGUUUGCUGAAAUAUAAACUUAAAGAAUAGCCUUGGUUACCAGAAGAAGAUGACCUACUUAUUAAAUUAAGAUAGUAUUAAUCAUUUUUAAAGCAGGUAAUACUCCAAAUCAAAGGACUGGUUAAGAAUUGCAAUGGAAUUUAUUAAGAGAAGUUAAACUGUAAGAUAUCCAAAAUAGAUUCGCGAGAGAUUUAAUAAUGUUAUCAAUCCAAACAUAAAUAAGUAACUAUAUGCCUCAAUAUAGAAAUGAAUUCAAUUAAGAUGACAUACUAUUUAUCUUUCAAUAAACUUAGAAUAAGAAAAAAAAUUGGGCAGGAAUUUCAAAAAAUAUGCCUGGCCGAACUGAUAAUUAGAUCAAAAAUGUUUAUAACUCUAUAAUUAGGAAAAUAUCAAAUGAAAUUAGAAUGGUAUAUAUGAAACUAAUUUAGAACAACAAUGAAAAGAAGGUUGAUGAAUAAGUUAUUGUAAAUCUAAUCAUCCAAAAAAAAAACUAUGAUCCAAAGCUUAUAUCAUAGCUUUACGGGGAAGGAAGAAGAAAGAAACCUUGUGUAAAAAUUGAGCCAAACUCAGAUAAUUCUUAUACUUCUGGACCUUAAAUUCAAGGAAUUCCAAUCUAAAUGGUCUGUCCAUAUAUUAAUUAUUAACCAUACCAAUUCCAAAAUAUCUAUUGUUGCUUUCCCUAAUUAUAUCUUUUACCCCAUUAGAAGCCUAUAAGCAACUUGAAUCUUUAAUGAAAC